AUGGCCGAACCAUCCAAUGGAAUUUUUACUGUAGAUAUAUCGGCAGGUCUUGAGAAGAUCCCUAUAUCCGCAAUCAGCUCCAUAUCAAACGAGGCCCCGGCAACAUUCUUCUACAUUUCACACAUACAAUACCUCGGGAAGUAUCAGCUAGAUCCUCCACCGGGUUGUGACUGUGUUGGUCCAUGUUCGGACUCGCAAAAGUGUGCAUGUGUAAUGAAAAAUGGAGGGAAGAUCCCUUUCAGAAAGACCGGUGGUCUCAUAGAGGAAAAACCUCUUAUUUACGAGUGUGGACCUUCAUGCAAGUACCCUCCAACUUGCCGCAAUAGAGUGGGCCAACAUGGAAUUAGUUUUCGCCUUCAAGUCUUCAAGACAACAUCAAUGGGUUGGGGAGUACGAAGCCUUGAUUUUAUACCUACGGGGCGUUUUGUGUGUGAAUAUAUAGGGGAGUUGUUGGAUAACGAAGAUGCUCAGGAGAGGGAUAAUGAUGAGUACUUGUUCCUUAUUGGAAACAACUAUUAUGAUGUAUCCCGCUGGGACAACUUACAAAAGACUAUCCCCUCACUUAGGAAUGGCCCUGGGGAAGAGGAAGAAAAUUUCUUUGCAGUGGACGCACUGAAAUGUGGCAACCUUGCAAGGUUCAUUAACCAUAGCUGCACCCCUAACCUUUUCACACAAAAUGUUCUUUAUGACCAUGACAACAAGGGUAUGCCUCACAUCAUGCUCUUUGCUUGUGAGGAUAUUCAGCCUCUUGAACCACUAGCCUAUGACUAUAAUUAUACCAUAGAUGGGGUCCAUGACUCUGAAGGUAACAUCAAGAAGAAACGAUGCUUAUGUGGCUCUGUUGAGUGCAGUGGAUGGUUGUACUAG